UGCAAUUGACGAUGUAAUGUGUUAACUUGCGCGGAAAACGAGCUCGGUUAGCAGCUGCUGUCACCGUAAUACGAAUUUAAAGUUAUGGCCGGCCGAAGGCCAAAGCUCUUAAAAUUCUUUCGGAUACGAAUACCGAGUCCUCCCUUUCGUAUUUUCUCUGGCUCGUCGUCUCCACAGUACCAAGGUUUCUCCUCAAAGUACUCCCCUAAGGACGAACACUCACGUCACAGUGAUUCAACGUCAUUUUGCGGGACGCUGACGGAGAAAAUCGAAAGAGCAAACGCCUAUCUGGAGCAUUUCAUAAAACGCCCACAGCUGGAGCACACACUUCGUCCGCCAUAUUGCAGCAACCCUCCCUCGCUCUUCACGGGAUUUUGCGAGAUUUUGAGGCUGGAUAAUAGACGUGUGGACACCAUGGGUGAGGAGAGUGAAGACGACUAUGGUGAGUCGGCAGCUCUUCCUCCUGUGAAACGGAUUCGUGUUACUCAGAUGGACCUUCUGAAUCACUUGUUAACGGAGAUAAUGGAGAUCCGAACCUGUAUGAACACACGGUUGACGUCCUUGGAGACAAAGGUGUCUGUAUUAGUUCAGACAUGCAACAGAAUAUCAAGCAAACUGGAUACUGUGGAGCGUAUUGUUAAUAAGCAGUCAGAGCAAAGCAUACCUGUAGAGAUGACAUCGGAUAUAUCCAAUGGACCUCUCCUUGUUCAGGAUAAUGAUCCUAAUAGCCAUAUGUCAGUUAUAUCACUGAAUACAGAAGCUGACUUUCCUCACGGCUCAUGGCUAGGAGAUCCAUCUCAUCCGACACUUCGCGUUAGAUGCCCAAUUACACCUCAGAACCUUCUGCAUAUCAAUUCAACUUGCAUCACAGCAGAGAAGAUGGCUCUUACACUCUUGGAUUACCUAUUCACUAAAGAGGAACUGGCAACUUCGAAUCUGUCUGGUCGUAGUAGAUGGAAUAAACGACAGCUAGAUCCUUUGAUGAUAUUUGGUAUUAGAUGUCACUUGCAAUACAAGUUUUCCAUCACAUCUAAGCUGUGGCACAAGAUCUGUCAAAAUAUGGACUCAAAAUGUCGCUCAGCUUGGAAACGGCGCUUCCGGGGUAUGGUUGCGCAACCACGCAGUAGUAGGCAAGCACCUCAGAUAGGGCACACAUCUUCUGUGAGGAAGGAUCCUGCAGUCACGGAAGAUAUUUCAUUUGACUUUGAUUCACUGCAGAACUCGAAUCUUGACUUGAGUGAUGUUAAGGUCAUUACUCAGUCACCUACUUGUGAGUUCAGAAUAUUGAGUGCCACUCCUGAACAAAUAGCGCAACUUCAGGAUACUCAGGAAAUCAUACUUUCUGAAGAGCAAACACUCACUCAGUCCUCGGCAGAGAAGAGUAUUCUUAUAAGCAACAACUCCUCCUCCGUCACCAUGAAUGCUGAGGUGAUGACUGGGGAAGAUCUUGGCGAAGACCUUGACAUGAGCCAUGAUCCACCUCCCUCUCCACUUUCUGCCCAAGCAUCCACUCUAGCUGCUAUAGAUGAUCCCCAUCACAGAAUUACUCUUAAAACAGAGCCAGACUUGACUAUUCUAGAUCAUGGAAUUUUAACAAGAGACUCUGAAACAGAUGACUGAGACUGGGAAUUUACGAGUGACUGCAGUAGCAGGGAAUUAGAAGUCACUCCAUCACCUACCACACACUAUACAGGCCUAUGAAAUUUAUUCCAAACUGAA